AACGCGCAAACGACCGAAUCCAAGAAAUCCUCGUCCAACCGGCGACGUUGAAGAAGACGAUUCUUGCAAGUGGGAGUGCUGCCCCACCAUACUCGCGUGGAAGAGGACGAGCCGAGGACAGUUUCGCACCGGUCGUCGGCCCGUGAGCUCGCUCUUGCUAGCAGGUUCCAUGAACAGGGUGUCGUGUCGUCUUGCACUCGCACGUGUCGACCCGCUGUAUCGUUAUCUCGACCUCGCUCUAAUCCACCGUUCGUUGACACAGCGACUCCUGCUCGCAGCGGUUGCAGGACGACGUCGCAGACCUUGGCGCACCUCGCGCUAGACGCGUUUGCGUACACAGUUGUCGGGACCAGGAUUAAACUCGCGGGCCAAUUGCGCGCAGAUUGAUCAAUUGAUCGCGAGGAAGCUGCUUAGCGAGUUGGAUCGCGCUGCACGGAAAUAGUACCGCUCUAAGGGAACCGGUUUACAGUUCCACGAAAGACGAGCCUCGUCCCGUGGGUGGGCGUCCGACAAGAUGAUAGGGGCUCGAGGAGUAGCGGCGUGCUUUUACGCGACAGUCUUUGUCGUUUGUCACGCGGCUGCAGCCGUGCAGCCGCAUAUCGUGUUCAUUUUGGCUGACGACUUGGGAUGGAACGACGUCGGAUUCCACGGGUCAGGCCAGAUCCCGACGCCGAACAUCGACGCCCUGGCGUUCUCCGGGCUGCUGUUGGACCGGUAUUAUGUCACGCCGAUUUGCACACCGUCCAGAAGCGCUCUGAUGACCGGCAAGCAUCCCAUUCACACCGGAAUGCAGCACGGGGUCCUCAAGUGCGCAGAGCCGAGGGGACUUCCCCUUCAAGAGAAACUCUUACCGGAAUAUCUACGAGAACUCGGGUACAACACCCACAUCGUGGGUAAAUGGCACUUGGGAUUCUACAUGAAGGAGUACACGCCUCUGUAUAGGGGAUUCGAGUCGCACACAGGCUUCUGGAGCGGCCACCAAGAUUAUUUUGACCACAGUGCCGUGGAAAGCCCAUAUUUUGGAUUGGACAUGAGAAGGGGACUGGGAUCAGCCUGGGACCUUCACGGCCAAUAUUCCACGGACAUCUUCACGAAGGAAGCAGUGACUCUAAUCGAGAAACACAACACCAGUCGCCCCAUGUUCCUCUACUUGGCUCACGCGGCUGUGCACUCCGGAAACCCCUACAACCCUCUGCCAGCACCCGACCAGGAGGUCGCCAAGUUCACCAACAUCGCCGACUACGAGCGUAGACGUUUUGCUGGCAUGCUGAGCAAGCUAGACGAAUCGGUUGGUCGCGUGGUGGAGGCGCUUCGUAAAAGGGACAUGCUGAAGAACAGCGUGAUCGUGUUCUCCACGGAUAAUGGCGGGCCACCGGCCGGCUUCAACCUAAACGCCGCGUCGAAUUGGCCCCUGAGGGGCACAAAAAACACUCUGUGGGAAGGUGGCGUCAGAGGAGCCGGUUUGCUGUGGUCACCGAGACUGCUGCGUCCUGGCAGGCUGAGCAGGCAGCUGUUCCACAUUAGCGACUGGCUACCGACCCUCGUGAGCGUUGCCGGAGGAGACCCGUCCAAUUUGACGAUCGACGGCGUGGAUAUGUGGCAAGCUUUGCGCGAGGACGUCGAAUCUCCUCGGAAUUCCGUCCUUCACAACAUAGACGACAUCUUUGGCGUGGCAGCCAUCACUGUUGGCCACUGGAAAUACGUUCAGGGGUCUACCUACAACGGCCAAUGGGACGGUUGGUACGGACCGUCUGGUAGGAAGCUGGUCUACGACGUGGGAGGCGUGGUCGGUAGCAUGGCUGGUCGAGCAGUGGCUAGCGUAGGCUUCAACUUGUCCGCAGAAGCUAUCCGGUCUCUUCGUGAUAAAGCCAAGGUGAACUGCGCAGAGAAAAACGAGAGCUUGCCGGUGUGCAAGCCGCUGGAGGCACCUUGCCUGUUCAACGUGCUGACGGACCCUUGCGAGGAUAACAACGUGAUAGACGAGUACCCCUCCGUGCUGCCUGCCAUACUGGAGGAGCUUCGCAGAUUAAACGCCACUGCGGUACCGCCUGGGAACCUGCCGUGGGACAGCAGGGCAAAUCCGAUCUACUGGGACCACACGUGGACUAAUUUCGGGGACUACUUGAACGUAUUCGCGAAUAAUGUCAGUUGAGACACGCGCUCGGGGUGAA